AUUUUCAUUCGUUCAAUCAGUCUGCUUGCGGCUUUUGAGGAAGACGGUGCGUUGGUGUUGUUUUUUAGAUCGCGUUUCGUUGUGAUUUGUGUUUUGUAUUGUGGUGCAUGAUGGCUUACAACGGUGGUGGUGGCGGCAAAAGACUGUGCUCAGGACUGGACCUGGAUGUUGAAAGGAGCAACGGCAACAACUACAACAUGGCGGGCGAGCCGCGCCGCAAGCGCGAGCUGCCAGCGAGGCCGAACCACAUACUCCUGUACACGAUCAUCAACCCGGCGUAUCCCAUCACUGUGGAUGUCAUACACACGAUCAGCACACCACACGGCCAAGUUCAGAGGAUUGUCGUCUUUAAGAAGAACGGCGUACAGGCGAUGGUUGAAUUUGAGAGUGUCGAGUCGGCGACGCGCGCGAAGGAGGCGCUCCACGGGUGCGACAUCUACUCGGGAUGCUGUACGCUCAAGAUCGAAUAUGCCAAGCCUGAAAGAUUGAACGUGUUCAAAAAUGACCAAGACAGUUGGGACUACACCUUGUCAGAGGAGGUACAACAGCCACAGCAAAGAAGCGCGCCACUCUUGCAGUCGCCGCAGUACACCGGUGGUCGACCUCAGCCCUACAAUCCAUCAAAUGCCACAACGCAAGUGCCACCAAGACCGUGCAGCGAGGAUUCCUGCAGUCAACACAGUCAGCAUUCGUGCGACCAAUCACAGAACGGUUUGUAUGAUAUGGACUUUGGUAGCGGAGGGCCACCUCCCCCGGGAAUGAUGAAGGACAGGCAUGGACCGCCUCCACCCCACCACCCGCGUGACGGUCGCGGCUACGGACCGGAGGGCUAUGGCGGCGAGGGUUUCGUCCCUCCGCCGCCGAUGCAUCAUCCGCCGAUGCCGCCGCAAAAUCAGGGCGGGCCCCCGCAGCAGGGUGCCGUGAUGAUGGUGUACGGGCUCGACCCGAGCACCGCGAACGCGGACCGGCUGUUCAACCUGUGCUGCCUCUACGGGAACGUUGUUAGGAUAAAGUUCUUGAAGACGAAAGAGGGUACAGCUAUGGUGCAAAUGGGCGACGCGGUGUCGGUGGAGCGGUGUGUGCAGAACCUGAACAACGUGACCGUCGGCGAUUACACGCUGACGCUGGCUUUCUCAAAGCAGGCGUACCUCUCGGAAGUGAUGAACCCGUACCCGCUGCCCGACAAGAGCCCGUCGUUCAAGGACUACGUCAGCAACAAGAACAACCGCUUCCUGACGCCGGCCUCCAUACACAAGAAUCGGAUACAGCCGCCGUCCAAGGUGGUGCACUUCUUCAACACGCCGCCGGACGUGUCGGAGGAGCAGCUGCUGGGCGUGUUCGCGGACUACGGCGUGGCGCCGCCGCACACCAUCUCCAAGUUCCCGCUCAAGAGCGAGAGAUCAUCAUCCGGCCUGAUGGAGUUCCAGAACAUCUCGCAAUCGGUGAUGGCCAUCAUGGCGUGCAACCACGCGACCAUACAACAUCCAGGCGCGAAAUUCCCGUUCGUGAUGAAGCUCUGCUUUUCGUCGUCGCGGCAGAUCGGUCAGGGCAAGGGCCAGGGUGGGGGCAAGAGCCGCGACGGGAGCCAGGGCCCCGGACAGGGCCCCGACGCGGGCCCCAGGCAGGGUCAGAACAACGGCGUCGAGCACGACUACUAUUAACGGCGAAGGCGGCGCACACACAAACACACAUAUCAAGACGGACGGCUACACACAUACACACAGCCACCACUCCGAGUGCGGGACUUGAGUUGCCGUUUAACAAUAUUCACCCCACAACACACAUAAAUAUUGUUUUUAUUUUUCUCAAAGUUACCAACGCAAAACUAGGGGGUGAAGUUUUUUUUUCAAUGGCAACAUUAUUAUUCCUUAAUUUUUACAAUUAUUGUGAUCUAGAUCACUGCUAUAAAGACAUUAACAGAUAGUUAAUUUUAGACACAGUAACAAUUUUUUAAUUUCAUGUUUAACACAAUCUACAUUUCCAUUUUUUUUAUUUUAUUUUAUUUUUUUCUCUUUUUUUAAUGUACUUGGGCGAGUCGAGAAAUGGGUUCGCAUUUUGUUUUAUAUAAGUAGAGGUUUAGGUGUUGUAAGCAUUAUUCCCUUAUUAUGAAUUGAAUAAAAUAGUUUUAGUUUUGUGUCGGCCAUUUUCAGAAAUAAAAAUUGGAUACACGUAUCUAAAAUGGCUGGCAUUAUUUUUCCGUUUUGAGUGACUGUUUUAGAAAUAGUACGUCGUUUAAUUUUUAGUUGAAUAUAGAUGUUUCUGUUACAUUAUUUUUGUCCUAAUUAGCGUUAAAAAUAUUGUCUGUGCGUAUUUUUAUGAUAGAUUUUACUGGUUGUACACUAAUGGCAGUUGUGAAUUGUACAAGUAAUAAAUUAUAUGUUGGUUAUAAGGUAGAGAAAUUUGACUUUUAUUUUUCAUUCGCUUAGAGUGUGCAUGUUUUAUUCGGUAUUGCAUGAGUUUCGUGUUCUCACUGUGUGGUUGCGCGUAACUUCAAGCGUGCCAAUUGUGUGCGGACAGCGACAGUAAAUUUGGGCAAACAACUGUUCCUGCAAACUUGUCAAGCUUGUGGUCACGCGUGUAACCGCCAUAAUUCGAUGUUUUUUAAGAACCAAAAGUGUCAUAAGUGUAAGUUUUAGCACUUUUUAGGCUAGUAGUAACUAGUAAGUGUCAUGGCGAAGUCAAUUAUAUUUGAUUAGAUGGAAAUGAUGAAACAGAUUUUCUAUAAACAUAAAAUUGGCCUAUAUCGAUAAUUAUUUAAUUCUGUAACUGACCAGUGAUUUAAAUAAUAUUUUUAUAAAAAUAUAUUAUUAACUACUUUUUGUUUAGAAUGAAAAACGUCCAUUUGUGUUUCCAGAACAAUCAUUUGAAAUAGUUACCGUAACGAAUUGUAAUAAACACUGGUCAAUGAUGAUUCUCAUUAUAAUAAGCUAAUAAAUUUUUUCCCUUCCUUUUUUUCUAUUAAUAAGAUUAAAUAUUUGUAUGUGAAUUGAAUAGCAUGCCUAUAUAACUGUUUAUGAUAUGAAAUUGUCACAUAUAACACGAUUUUUACUUUAACACUAGGUAGAUUUGCCUUGCAAACGCAAUUUAUGACUAAAAUUAAAAACAUUUUUUCUUUAACAGAAUUUACAAAAAUAACAUAGCGUAAACAGUACUAUAGCAAACCAUAGUCCUAUAGUAAACAAUGUUAUCAAAUAAAAUAGAUGCAUAUCUUUUUCUCUAGAACUAUUUUCGAAAUGAAUUAAAUGUCUUAGUAUUAGCAAUUGAUGUCGUGGAUAGCAUUCAGUUUUGUGUUGAUAAAUUAUGUAAAGAAAUAUAUAUUUGUGUCGCUGUUGUUUUAAAUCGUUCUGCGUAACUACUUAUGUAAAAUUGUUUGAAAAUGAAUGCUUAUAUACUGUUGUAAUAAAUAAUGUAGUUGUCAAUAACUCAAAACAAUACAUGUUUCACUAAUUUAAAUGACACAGACUACUGCACGUGACUAUGUCCGACUCUAACAAGAACAGCACUCUAGCCAACAUAAGAUAAUGUAACAGAUUAUAAUUUUUUAGUUUUUCUUUCCUUAUUUCUUAGCUUAUCUCCUUCAUUGGUAUUAGAUAGUAGUUACAUGUUUAACAUUAAAUACAUGAAACACAAA